AUGGCCUCCGCAAACCUCCCGGAGACGAUGAAAGCAGUCCAGGUCGUCGCCUACAACGCGCCCUACAAGCUCACAUCCAUUCCCGUCCCCUCCGCCCUCGAACCCCACGACAUCCUCGUCAAAGUCGCCGUCGCGUCCUACUGCCACACCGACAGCCUGUUCCACGCCGGCGCCCUCCCGCUGCCUCUCCCCAUCACGGCCUCCCACGAGGGCGCCGGCACCGUCGUCGCGCUCGGCGCCGCGGUCGCGAACUUCACAAUCGGCGACCGCGUCAUGUGCGGCGUCCCGCUGGGGCUAUGCGGGAGUUGCGCCGAGUGUACCGGCCCGGAGCGGUACACGCACUACUGCACCAAUCAGAAGGGUAUUCUCGGGAUGCAAGUGGACGGGUGUAUGGCGGAGUAUGUCCGCGCCGACGCGAGGACGAGCGUGAGGAUUCCCGAGUGCGUCUCGCUGAUCAGCGCCGCGCCGCUCGCGUGUGCCGGGAGGACGGCCUGGCGCGGGGUGCUGCAGGCUGGGUUGGAGGCUGGGCAGUGGCUUGCCAUCGUCGGGGCGGGCGGCGGGCUGGGGCACUUGGGCGUGCAGAUGGCGAAGGCUUUGGGACUGCGCGUGAUCGGGAUCGAUGCGCGGGAUGAAGGGUUGGAGCUGGCGCGGCGGAGUGGCGCGGAGGUUGUGCUUGAUGCGAGGAAGGGGAACGCGGAGGUCGUGGCGGAGGUGCAGAUGGCGACGGGGGGAGUGCUGGCGGACGCGACGGUGAAUCUUGCGGAUGCGGAGUCUGCUGCUGGGCUUGCGUGCGCGGUUACGAAGAUGCAUGGCACGAUGCACCAGCUUGCGCAGCCGAUGGAGGUGAAGAUUCCGUUCUUGGAGUUGAUAGUGCGUGAUAUCACGGUGAAGGGCACUCUGACGUGCUCAAGGGGAGAGACGGAGACGAUGCUGGAACAUAUUGCGGAAUGUGGCAUCAAGCUGGAGAACAAUGUCUUCCACGGACUGGACAAUUUCUUCGAGGCAUUGGAGCUUGUGAAUAGCGGUAAGAUCAGCGGAAAAGCCGUUAUCAUAGUGGACGAGGAGCAAGUGAAGGAGGAUGAGAAGAUGGGUGCCAAGUAUUAA